UAGCCUGCAGAGGUGUGUGUCUGUUCGAAGAGGUGUCUUCUGGUGAAUAUUUACAGGUGGAUGUGUUUGUGUGCACAAACCUCCUUGUAGGAGAGUGUUUUUUUUUCUGAGAAGGCGCCUAUAAUGGAGAGUGAGAGAGCUUUGUCCAUGGCGUCGAUGCUCCUGCUGCUGAGCUGCUUAUGUGCAGCCGUGGUGGGCUUCCCAUUCAGAACGCCCCCGGACCUGGAUGUGACUCCACGUGUCACCGUGCUGAGCAGCGGUCUUCGGCGCUGCAAGCGUUUUCAGUCCUCUGCAGUCAACUACAGCACUCUGCUGUUGGAGGCUGACAGCGAGCGCCUCUACGUCGGGGCCCGGGGGGCUGUAUUCGCUCUCAGUGCCUCUGACAUCUCAGCCAGCUCUGCUCUGACUAUCGAGUGGGAGGCCUCCAUCGAGCAAAAACGAGAAUGCAAGGUCAAGGGAAAAGACGAUAAGACAGAGUGUUUUAAUCACAUCCGCCUCCUCCAAAGAUUUAACUCUUCUCAUCUCUACAUGUGUGGGACUCAUGCCUUCACACCCCUCUGUGCAUACAUAGAUGAGAAGAAAUUUGUUAUGUCAUCUCAGCCUGAAGAAGGUAAAGACAGGUGCCCUUAUAGGUCAACAACAGGUUACACCGCUCUUAUUAUAGACCAGCAGUUAUACACAGCUUCCCAGUAUGAGUUCUGGAACUUUCCUGAUAUUCGCCGUAACUCUCCAGCUCCCACCCUGAAGACGGAGGACGCCCCCACACGCUGGCUGAAUGAGGCAGACUUUGUGGGUUCGGCUCUGGUGAGGGAGGGUUUGGGCAGCAGCGCUGGAAACGAUGACACGAUCUACUUCUUCUUCACCGAGAAGAGCCAGGAGCAGAGUACGACUUACAGCCACAGCAGGGUGGCACGAGUAGCCCGGGUUUGUAAGGGAGACAGAGGAGGCCAUUUAACCCUCCAGAAACGUUGGACGUCCUUCCUCAAGUCCAGGCUGACCUGCUCUCUGCCCGAGUACGACUUCCACUUCAACAUGCUGCGCAGCGUGUUCGUCAUGCCCGGCCUCACCCCACGGGACACGCUCUUCUACGGCAUCUUCGGCCUAGAGUGGAAAAACGUGAAGGCGUCUGCGGUGUGUCGGUUCUCGCUGCCCGAAGUCCAAGAGGCCUUUCAAGGACCCUACAUGGAGAGCCAGGACUCCGACUGGAGGGAAUAUGUUGGAAAGAUCCCCAACCCAAGACCUGGAACAUGUAUUACCGAUGCUCUGAGGGCCAAGGGCAUAAACAUCUCCACCUCCCUGCCUGAUGAUGUGCUGGACUUUGUCCGACGGCAUCCUCUGAUGUCCAAGCAGGUCCAACCUGUAGACAGACGCCCCCUUUUGUUCAAGAGAACAACAAACUACACACAUAUGGCUGUGAACACGGUCCAGGGAUUAGAUGAACAGAUGUACCAUGUUUUAUACAUGGGCACAGAUGAAGGCUGGCUGCACAAAGCUGUCGACAUUAAAGGGCAGCUUCACAUCAUUGAAGAGAUUCAGCUGUUUAAGGAGCCACAGCCUGUUAAUAAUCUGCUGCUAUCUACAAAGCAGAUGAGCCUGUAUGCCAGCUCUCCGUCAGGUGUGGUUCAGCUGCCGCUCUCAAACUGUCCCAGGUACACUUCCUGCUACGACUGCAUCUUCGCCAGGGAUCCUAACUGCGCCUGGGACGGAGCUGAGUGUGUGGACGUGAUGACGGAGGCGAACCGAUCCACUUUAAUCCAAGACAUCCAGUAUGGUAGAAUGGGCUGUGAGAAAACGCAAUACAAUGCUGUCCAUCGGAGCCGCUCCGUGCGGGUGGGUGACGACAUCCUGCUGCAGUGCGAACUCAGCUCCAACCUGGCGACGCCUCUUUGGACACUGAACGGUACCGAGGUGCAGGGCUACGAUCUCAACUCAGGCUUCCGCAUCGGGACUGAUGGACUGCUGAUCAUUGAGGCUCAGCAGGACCAGAGUGGCUUGUACACCUGCCACGCUGUGGAGAACAACAUCAAGGUUGCUGUUGUGACCUACAAUGUAACCAUCAGCAUUGAUCUGCCCCCUCCUCCACCGGUCGAGACAACUCACAGCAUUUUAACAAUGCUGCCAGCACCGACUGAGGGUCCCUCAUCUGAGAACUCCUCAUCUGAGGGCCCCCAACCACCGCUGCUCCUGCUGUCCCCUCGGAACAUGGAGGCCAUCUAUCUGUCCCUCAUCACCGUCCUUGGCACCCUGUGUGUGGUGCUUGCUGUGGUCCUGGUUUAUGUGGGCUUCUGCUUGCGAGUUGGCCGGAGGGGGAAGUAUUCGCUGCGUGCCGCGGCCGCAGUACACCCGAGCAGCAAGAGGAGCAGAAAACAGCACAGAAACUCCGCCCACAUGGAGGUAAAGACCAUCUCAAGUCACUGCAAUGGCUUUUGUAAUGGAGUUUCAAAACGGCAAAAUGCCAGUAUACAAGAUGAAGGCUUUCUACAUAUCGUACCCGGUGAGGGACACGCUUCCCCCAAUAAAGACGCUCUUCCCCCAGCACCUCCUCUCCCUCCUGCUCUGCACUUUUCCUCUCCAGAGUGUGACUUUCCCAAUGGGCUGUCAGCGACAUUGCCCAGCGUUUUGAGGAGGAUGAACGGGAACAGCUACGUGCUGCUGAGGCAGAGUGACUCUGAAAACACAUCCCCGCUCUGCUACCCAUUUGCUGAGGAGCUCAACAAGAUCUUAGAGAAGAGGAAACAUACUCUGCUGCUGCCCAGGCCCGAUGAGAGCUCUGUGUAGACCCUGACUGUGUUC